AUGAUUGACGGUGAUGACGAUAUUCUUACACUAUCGAGAUCAAAGCUCUUCUUGACAUUUGGAGCUGAAAUCGUGGCUGGUAGGCUAAUGGUCUCAUGCCCGGCUAAUAGGCCGAGGAUUCGCGCGGCCACAGGUUUAUCGACCAACGAAACAGAUUGGCUUCCUCUUCGCACAAACAACACGGUUGCAGCCAUGAAGGAUGUGCUAAUUCGCGCCAAUAUCAGUGAUUUAGAUACGGGCAGAUACAUUGACAAUCUCACCAACGUGGGCACCGGCCUCCCUAGAAUAGCCAUUGCCAUCUCAGGAGGAGGCUAUCGAGCCUUGAUGAACGGAGCCGGGGCUCUCGCAGCAUUUGAUAACAGGUCGACCAAUGCGACAGAAACCGGCCAUCUUGGAGGGCUUUUGCAGUCGGCGACAUAUCUCAGUGGCCUCUCUGGCGGGAGCUGGCUUGUGGGUAGUCUCUAUGUGCAGAACUUUACCUCGGUUGAGUCCAUCAUCUUUUCUACAUCGGGAUUUUUGAGCACCCUCUGGCAAUUUGAAAACUCCAUCUUUGACGGACCCGCCGGCCUCAACAUUGUAAGGUAUUAUCGGCAAUUGUUUGAUGAUGUUGAUGGUAAAAAGAGUGCUGGCUUCAACACCUCAAUCACAGACUAUUGGGGCAGAGCAUUGUCCUACCAGCUCGUGGACCCGAGUGAUGGAGGACCUGCAUUCACUUUCUCAUCUAUAUCAAAUGAUACCGAUUUCGUAGCGGCUCAAGCUCCUCUGCCGUUGAUUGUAUCCAUUGAGAGAACGUCAGGACAGCUCCAGAUAGCCAGCAACUCGACAAUCUUCGAGUUUAAUCCUUGGGAAAUGGGAUCCUACGACCCAGGUCUUGAAGCCUUUGCGCCGCUUCAAUUUGUCGGCUCCAACUUUACCAACGGUACCAUUCCUCGCAACGGAGUGUGCAUUGCUGGAGUUGACAACGCCGGCUUCGUCAUGGGUACUUCGUCAUCUCUGUUUAACCAGGCAUUCCUACAGAUAGGACAGGUGGAAGGCGUGCCAGACUUCUUGAUCGGUGCUAUCAACGACACGUUGGCAAACAUUGGCGAGGAAAACAGAGACAUUGCAAACUGGCCGAACCCGUUCUUUGGAUACAACGCCAGCGUGAAUUUGAAUGCCAACACCACGAUCCUGACUCUCGUGGAUGGCGGAGAAGACUUACAAAACAUUCCUUUGCAUCCACUGCUUCUUGCCGAACGAGAAGUCGACGUCAUCUUCGCUGUCGAUGGCUCUGCCGAUACAGCAACGCUGUGGCCAAACGGCACUGCCAUGGUGGCCACGUUCAACAGAUCUGAGGCCAAGGUCUCGGCCAACGACAGCAGAUUUCCAGAUGUACCUGAUCAGAAUACCUUUGUUAAUCUUGGCCUGAACCAGCGGCCUACCUUUUUCGGCUGCACCAACGGCAGCAACACUCCUUCAGGGCCGCUCAUCGUGUACUUGCCCAAUGCCCCCUACUCAUUCCAGUCCAACGUCUCAACCUUUGACCUGAAAUACACCGAAGAAGAGCGCAACCAGAUCAUCCAGAAUGGAUAUAACAUGGCCACCAUGGGCAACGGCACGGUGGAUUCGAAUUGGCCGACAUGCAUCGGCUGCGCCAUUUUGGCACGAAGCCUCGUCCGCACCAAGACUAGCGUUCCUGCAAAGUGUGCGGAUUGCUUUGCAAGAUAUUGUUGGAAUGGCACGACCAACUCUACCUUGCCGAAUACAUAUGAGCCUGCGCAGAUUCUCACCAAUACAACGGAGCAGGCGGCCUCUUCGGCUGCUCGGAUAAGCGGGACGCUACUGUUGGGUUGCUUCGCGUUUAUGCUCGCGAUCUGA